AUGGCUACCAUUUCCCGUCAACCAUUCGCACCUCUCGACGGAGCGAGACUGCAGAACCUGACGAGCAUCAAGAAUAGACAGAAUGCUAUUUCUCCCUCUUCUGGCGCGAAGCGCAAAGCCGCCGAUGUCGACACCGACGACUUCGAAAAUGUCGACCCAGGCAGCCUCUCUAAGCGGUCCAAGGGCUUGGACAGUUUCUUCCCCUCCAAGGACUCCCUCAAGCCGUCCUCUUUCGUCCUGACCAAGGCCACGCCUCUCGCCGAGAGCCCCUCACUGAUGAGCACCAAGCCGACUCUUCCUCGACCUCGCAGCCUCCUCCAACCCAAGUCACCCGCUGCCAGGCUCAACACCGGCAUCACCAAGUCUUCCCCGCUCUCCGCACCCGCCGGCCGCUCGCCCACCCGUGGCAAGCGCUCCGGUCUUCUGUCCACCCGUCGUCGCACUGCCGGCCCCUACACUCGUGUAGACCCGCCUCUGUUCAGCCUGUCGUCAGCCGCCGCCCCCUUCAGCCUCGAUGCCGCUCUCAAGGGUACCAUUCCCAGCUAUGCCGCCCGUUCGUCAGUCGCAUCGUCUUCGCGCGCUGCUACCAAGGAGCUGCACGAGCCUGACCUGAAGGCCUCGUGGUUCUUCGACAUCCACGAAGACACACCCGAGCAGGAGAUGACCAACAUGCUGCAGCAUGGCACCUGUGUUCUCGAUAUCAGUUCCGAUGAAGAGAGCGAGCGCAAGCUCAGCCGGGACCGUGCCGAAGGCCGUGACAAAGAGAACGUGCCACCUGUCGACGACGUCAGCCAGACCUCGUCUAGACGUACCGCGCAUCGCGCAACCGAGGACGACAUGAUCUUUGAGAAGGAGAGGACAGCGCUGGGCGAGAUGGACGCUAGCGAGUUCUACGCUCUGGGUUGCGACGAAUCAUCAGUCAUCAUCAUCCCCGCCGAUGAAGAAGACGAGGAAGAGCAGCGCGAGCACGCUCCAAUUCCAGAGAUGGACGAGCCAGUACCAGAGCCCAAGAUCGAGUCUUGCGAGCCUUCUGUCGAAUCCAAUGACGUCGACGAGCUCAUGGGCAAGUCCGCCGAACCAGCAGCGAAAGCAGCCCUGCUGGAGCCUAUAGAAGGCACCGGGGAGAGCUUCGAGUUGUGGGAGAGCGGAAGCGCAAAAGACGAGACAGAAGCGGUUGCUGUUGUGGACAGCUGA